AUGGACCGGGUCGGCGGCGGCGAGAAGCAGCUGGAGGAUUGCACAGUGGCCAAUGCUCUAGGAACUUGGUUCUUCUCAGUUGCGGGUGCUCUUGUUGCUAUUCCUGUGGGCAUAAAGAGGAAAUCCUUAGCUCCCCUGGUCUUCUUCGGCACCACAGGAACCAUGCUGGACAUUAUCACCGGCAUUAACCAGUGCGAACGAGAGCAUGCUGAGCGGCAAAUGAAGCUUUUGGAAGCCCAGAAACUUUCGGCCGAUGCUUCAGCUGAGAGUGAAAGCUCUGAUUCCUUUGGCAGUGCUGACAAGUGA